AUGGGGCCGCCGAUAGGCUCCCCGUCAGCGCGUGAAAUAGUGCAAAAGGAAGCCUCAACUGAGGCGAUCCAUCCAGGCUCAGAUCCAACAAGCUCCUAUGCUGCGACUCUCACGAAUAACCCGGGUUCAUCUGCUUCAACCCGCUUUGAACCCGACUCCGUCAAAUCUAGAAGAACCACUCACAAUGGCAAGCCAGCUGUGAUCUUUAAAGCCAACGAUUUCUAUGGAGGUAUGGCGAACCAUUGUAGAAGAACUAUUGUUGGCAGGUUCCUCAAAAGCAGACCCCAAAUCGACUCAAUCAGGGCAAAAUUUGCAGAAAAAUUCCCUAUGAAAGGUACUCCAAAGAUAGGGGUUUUCGACAAUUUCAACAUCUUUUUAAAUUUUACCAAUGAUGAGGAUUACAAUUCUAUACUCUACAAGAGGGUGAUUGAGAUAGAUGGGUUCCAAAUCUGGCUUCAGAAAUGGACUCCGGACUUCAAACCAGAGGAGGAUCUACCUGUCAUUCCGGUAUGGAUACUACUUCCAGGAUUACCUUUUCAUCUUCAUAAUUGGCACUAUGUAAAACAAAUUGCAAAAGAAGUAGGUACACCUUUGGAAAUUGAUGUGGCUACUAUAAGUAUGACUAGGCCAAGUAUGGCAAAAGUCAGGGUAGAGGUGGAUCUGCUAAAACCAUUGGUGAAGAGUGAAACUAGGACAUGA